AUGUAUGCAUUGUGCAUUUCAUUCCCCACCCAUCCCUACUUUGUAGAACCUCAUCAUCUUGUCCUGCUUCAGGAGUUCGCUUUUUGCAUCCUCUUGAUCCUUUGGAGCGGCUUCGAUCUGCGCCAGGAGUUCAGCUACAUCGAAUACUUCGCAGGGAUGGGAAACCUCACUAGAUGCAUGAAGUCGGCGCAGUAUCGAUCUAUCAGGCUUGAUAUCAAAGACCACAGCCCUGAAACGAAGAAGAACAACUAUAUGGAUUUAGCAUCAGCUGCAGGGAUGGCGUUAGCUGUGAUCGUAUUGCUGAAGGGUCUCCAUGAUGACUUUGCCUCGCAUUAUGGAAUGAAAUGCUCUUCCCUAUGCAAAGUCAAUGUUGUAACCAGUAUGAGGUCAGCCUGUUCCUCUCUUGGCUACACUGGCCAUCCCUCAGUCAUGUUGACCAACAAGCUUCUGGAGAGGAUGUGCGCAUUGGUUCUCCUGACGACGUGUUUGGGAGGGGCUUGGACUGUAGAACAGCCAGGCGGCUCCUUAAUGGAAUUUUUUCCAACAUGGAGAUUUGUUGUGCAGAAUCUAUUCCGUGUUGGUGGACCUGCGGCAGUGUCGACUGUAAAGUGGUGGAUGCAACAUUACAAAGCGCCAACAGCAAAACGCCAUUAUGGCUAUGCUAAUAGUCCUGUUGUACGACGACUAGAUCGAGGAACUUUGCAACGGACCAAACAUGGAAGUGACCAGCAGAAAAUUCAAACCUGCGAGAAAUACUAUGAUGGUUCCGGGAAGUUGCGCUAUAAGGGGACCCGUCACCUGAAGGGUACUGAGAUCUACCCAAUGGCCUUUGCUAGGGCAAUGGUGGACAUGGUCGAAGACCUGAAGGCAGGUGCGAAAGGGAAGCCAGAACUACCAGCUCAGGGCGCCCCUCCGGCUUUAUACACCAUGACGCAACUUGAAUGGAACACACCAGAAGACUUGUGGACCUUCGCUGAUUUUGAUCAGCUUUUCACCUACUUACGGGGUUCGAAACGCCUUCGAAUUCCUUUGGAGUGGCGAAAUGUCAUUCCAUCGAAGUUGAAGACAGGAUGA